AUGAUAGAAAGGAUACAGUAUUUGAAAGAGUUUAUACAAAUUAUGGUUGCAAAUGACCCCAAAUUGAAAAAAAUUAGUUUAAAUAAUUUUGAUUGGCAGCAAAUAGAAAUUCUUGCAAAAACUUUACUACCAGCCAAAAUUUGUACUAAGAAACUUCAGAAUGAACAAUUGACAUUGUCAGAUUUUUAUAGCUCGUGGAUUUCUUGCAAAAUUGAAACACGGUCACUGGGGAAUCCAUUUUCAAAUAAAUUAGUAAAAUGUAUGGAAAACAGAGAACAAUUCAUUAUGAACAACAAAGUGUUAUUGGCGGCAGUAUUCCUUGAUCCUCGCUUCAAAAUUACAUUAGAUGAAAUCCAAUACAACAUGGCUAUUAAUCAUUUGGUUUCUGUUUGGCUAUAUUUAAAAAAUAAUGGAAUGGGCAUAAAAGAUACUGAUGAAAAUGUUGAAAAUAUGGAAGACAGAAACUCUGAAAGUGAUUUAGAUUCUAAUGAAAAUUCUGAUGUUCUCGAACAAUUUUUACGGGAAAAAGAAAGUGUUGAACCUGAAAUAUCAUGUUCAAGCCAAUACUCUACUUCUAAAUUUAUUGAAAAUAAACUUAAGACAUAUUAUUUAAAUCAAAAGAGAUUAAGUUUGAAAACAAACAUUUUACAGUUUUGGCAGUCAAUGGAAGACAUUCAUCCCGAAUUGAAUGUACUUGCUAAAAUAGUGUUUGCUGUUCCUUCUACUCAAGUCAGUGUUGAGCGACUAUUUUCUGGGCUUAAAUUUAUUUUAUCCCCCUACAGGAGUAAUAUUACAUCUAAACAUUUAGAAGAUCAAUUAAUAGUUAGGACAAAUAGAUUGUUUGAAAAAAAAAACAAAGUGUAA